CCCGGCCGUCCUUUUCCUCCCUUUUCAACUGUGGGCGGGGAGGGGCGGGGGCGGGGGCGGGGGCGGGGAGGAGGGGGAUUACUUCCGGGUCAGGGGGCCGGGGCGGGCCCGGGGCGGGCCCGGGGCGUCGAGAGCGGCCCUCUGUACUUCGCUCCGGUGCUGUGCGGGACAGUCGCUCCUGGGCUCUCGGGCCUCCCGCGGUGGCGGGUGUCACUCCCUCCGCCCUCAGCGGCCUGCUUAUCUCGGGGAGCGGCGGAGGGGCGCGUACCGUGCGCAGGCGAGCGCGGGGGGCGCUGCGGCCGCCCUGGGAAUGGGCGGGAGCGGCGGAGGGGCUCCGGGUGCUAUUGGCUGGCAGGAGCGGUGGGCGGGGCGUAGCCCGAGCCGCCCCGUUUAUUGGUGGAAUUUGGGCUCGGUUUUCCCGUUACCGCCACGUAGGCGCUUCUUGGAGCCUCGGGGCCAGUAGUUUGGUCGUCCGUCUGCAGACCGGGGCAGCCUACGGGGUGGAAGGGCCAAAGCCAGAGACUGCCUGAUUCCCGUCUCUCUACCGUGGCCAGGUUUUAGUUUGGAGGAAUUCGGGACAGGCCUUCGAAUUUUGAAUCACCUACACAUGGAGCACAAAGAUGAUGAUGAUGAUGAUGAUGUGUCGUUUGCGAAAUGGAUGAGCAGCUUCUGGGGUCACAGCUGGAUGGAAGAGAAUGAGCGAGGACUCCGGGGCCGUCGUGGAUCACAAGAUGCCAGUUACAGGAAAACCUCCCUGCCCUGCCCAUUUCCUGUGUUUCCCAGAAUCCCAUCAUCUAACAGCCAUCCCAGAAGGCAUUCUCAUGAGGGCCAGGGAUUUCAAUGCCAUUCCCACAUCCCAGAUUACAGAAAAUUCUCAGCAGAUGAGUCACGCAAUGAGCCGCUGGAAUCAAAAAGAAGAUCCCAUUCCAAAAUUCAAGCAUUUCCAGAGUCUUUUGAGCAGCAAUUGUGCUUUAGAACCAAACGCUCUGCGUCUUUGGGACCGGAGAGCAGAAGGGAGAGAAAUGAAAGGGAAUGCCUGAGGAUGGAGAUAAGAUCUCAAAAGAAAGUAGAGGAAAAAAGCAGCUCUAGGAAGGAAGAACAUGGAGAAGUAUGCAUGCCCCCCUUGUUUGAAAAAGAGUCCAAAUAAUAUUUUGUUUCCACAUCAUUUCUACAGAUUCUACUGUGUUUUUUGGGUUCCAGAACACCAGGCCAGGGGGUGGUAGCUAUGAACGAGUGUCCUCAGAUGCUGAGUGACCACUGGGUGGGGGGUUGGGAGUGUGAUCUGCUGUGUUGUCUUUUUAUGGGAAUAAGGAGAAGAA